CCGCUACCCGCGGCACCGGCAAUGCCAGUGGAUUAAAAGCAUCCGAUUUGAUAUCCAGCAAACUAACCUUGAGGAGAUGGUGGUGUUGUUGCGACCCUCGGAACAUGAGUUUCCGGUCGGGUGGUAAUGGCCCGGGCUACGUCAUGCAACCACUUGGCUCCACCCGGCAUUUCGUAUAGCCCUGCAUCGGUAGAUCUCAUCCGCCGUUGCUUUAUAUUAACAUCUAUCCCAGACAGGUGUGAUACCAUGUCAAUUGAAUAUACAUCUGCAUCACCAUGGACGGAACUAGUCGAGUAAAGAAAGUCCUCCAAGAAAACCGGGUCGCUCUUGGGGUCUGGCAGUUACUGCCCGGCAGCAACCUGGCCCGCAUCUUGGCCCGGGCAGGCUACGAUUGGGUCUUGGUUGACUGUGAGCGUGGAAAUAUUGGUGAUGCUGCGAUGCACGAGUCUGUCGCAGCCAUUGCCGGAUAUGGGGUCAGCCCCAUUGUUCGCGUCCCCGACUUUCAGAGCUGGAUGAUCAAACGGCGGCGAGGGUUCGGUUCCCCGUUUGCAAUGGACCGUUUUGCCGUGGGCUCGACGGCCUCGCAGUACCUGGAACAGGCCAACGCGACCCUCCUGUUGGCGGUGCAGAUUGAGACACAAGCGGCAUUGGAGGCGGCAGAUGCCAUUGCUGCCGUCGACGGACUGGAUUUGUUGUUCGUUGGGCCUUUCGACCUAGGCAACAGCAUUGGCCACCCUGUAAUGAAUGGCGUGAUCGAUGCCGCCCUGGAGGAGGCCAUCGCAACGGUUCUGCGGGCGGCUCAGGCAGCGGGCAAAAAGGCAGGAAUCUACUGUGGUGAUGGGGCUCAGGCAAAGCACUAUGUGGACAUGGGCUUUGAUCUGGUUAAUGUGCUGACGGACGUGGGUGCGCUAUCGGCCUCGAUGACCCGCGAGCUUGCCAUAGUGACAGCGACGGCCCCAUCCGCUGAAACCCGCGGUCCAUAUGGUAAUUAG